AAACCGUCGCGCAAAUCGACAGAGCAUCCGACCGAGCACGCCGCGCUGGCGCGGUUUCACGUUUCACCCUCAUCGCGAUUGGAGUCGUUGGCUGAAUCUCUCGGUUUUCUGCACCUUUCUAAAACUGAAGAGUUAAGUUGCGAGUAUUCGUACCUGUAACUCUAUAUACUGGUCACUGCUGAUAUAGAAGCGGAAAAUGGGCGGCGAGGAAGGACUGGGUGUUACCACCGGCCAGCCGAAUCUCUACAAACAGGACCUGUCGAAACUCGAUGUUAGUAAAUUAACUGCAUUGUCACGUGAGGUGAUCAGCAGACAAGCUACAAUCAAUAUUGGUACCAUUGGACAUGUAGCACAUGGAAAAUCGACAAUCGUAAAAGCCAUUUCGGGAGUGCAGACUGUUCGUUUUAAGAAUGAACUAGAAAGAAAUAUCACCAUUAAACUCGACGCAGUGGAUUGCGGUAGCAGCAGCAAAUCAGCAGAUAUACCCGGCAACGUAGAUAGUGAAACGCCGGCUGUUUACCAAAAACGACAUCUCUCCCCUGUUGGAAGCAUUAACGCACCAUGCGCCAAGCAGUCCAGACUCGUCGACACAGGGAGCCGCGACAACAACAUAUCCCAUCGGCUGGACAACAGAAAUACGUUCCGCUCCACAUCAUCGAAGCGUCUGCAAGCGCGGCGAGGAAUCAUCACGCAACAGGCGCUCAAGGCAUACGACGUCUGUCCUCAUUUACAUAACGGAAAUACGAGAGAUCCAGGUAGCGAUGGCCGACAGUCCGAUUACGAGGAGUCGUCAUCUGAUGGUAGAUUGUCCGCACGAGAUGACAGUCUGAUUUCCCGCGACUACGAACUGAAAGAGGUACGGGUGCUGUUGCACGAUAUCAAGAACAGCGAGUACAAUUGUGAAUUACCAAUAAUGUCGCCCGGCAACUCCUCCGCGUCCAGCAAGCAGACAAGCAAGUUCUGGGAAGUGGAGAGAAUUAUACAGAAACGCGAGAAGAACGGUGAGCCAUUAUAUUUGAUCAAGUGGAAGAACUGGGGUAUCGAGUACAACACCUGGGAGCCGUUGCGCAAUCUUACCAAUUGCGAGGAUUUGCUGCGUGAGUUUGAGAACAAACGGCAGAAAUUGAUCAACCGGUUCAAAGCGAAGACGAACUUUUACCCAAGUGCGCGCGACGUCGAAGACUUUCUUGUGACCCAAUUAUUGUACAAGAAUAUAUCGAUCAAUGACACUACAUCCGUUGCCUCUGCCGCCGUUGCCGAUGACAGUAUGUACAAAGAGAUUCAGCACUAUUUCAACAGGCCAUUGCGUGGUGGCAAGUUGGAGACAAAGAUAAAGCAGCAAAUCCUGUACAUGUUUCUGCUCGAGCUGCGACGUGACCAACUCGAGUCGUUGCAGGACUGGGAGAACGAGAUGAACAGUAUUACGAAAAAUAAACCGACAAUACGGGUGGAAAAUCUGGUGGACUUGGAGGGCGCGCCGCAGGACUUUUACUACAUCGACAAUUAUUUGCCGGGUGCGGGUGUUAUAAUACCGGAUGAUCCGCCGAUUGGUUGCGAAUGCGACAGUUGCGAGACUGGUAAAAAGUCCGGUUGCUGCUUCGCACAGAACGACGUAUCAUCAUUGCCAUAUACGUCGGCAUGCCGGGUACGCGUCCCUCCCGGUACACCUAUCUACGAAUGCAACAAGCGCUGCGCCUGCGACGCACUAACUUGCCCGAAUCGUGUGGUGCAGCGUGGCAGCGAUACACAGCUGUGCAUCUUUCGCACAGAUAACGGGCGCGGUUGGGGUGUGCGUACUCUACGCGCAAUCAAGAAGGGCACCUUUGUCAUUCAGUAUGUGGGCGAAGUGAUCAGUAGCGAAGAAGCUGAGAGACGCGGCAAACAAUACGACAUGACCGGUCGUACGUAUCUCUUCGAUCUUGAUUACAACGAGACCGAUGGCCAGUGCCCAUAUACUGUAGAUGCCGCCAUGUACGGCAACAUCUCGCAUUUUAUUAAUCACUCAUGCGAUCCAAAUCUCGCAGUAUAUGCGAUCUGGAUCAAUUGUUUAGAUCCGAACUUACCGAAUCUCGCCCUCUUCGCCAUUAAGGACAUUAAACAGAACGAGGAACUCACUUUUGACUAUACGUGCCAGACGCCGCGUGGCAGUAAUGAUAAAAUGCAGCAGCAGCUACUGGACAACGAAGCGGACGCCGAAGAUAUCUCGAAGAAUAGGACUCUCUGCAAAUGCGGCGCCGCAACGUGUCGGCGAUAUUUAUUUUAAAGAAUGUUUCUUCUUGAAAUAUAUAGUUGUUACGAGUUGCCUGUCUCAAUGUGGUUCAAUUGAUGCCAUCUUUGAUUAACUCAACUUUUUUUUCGUGUAUAUAUUGCCGAGCUAGCAACGAUUAUAAUUCGAAGAGAGAAAGAAAUGAAUUAUUCACUUCAGACUAGUUAAUAUAGAUCGAGGUAAUCCAAUUAAAUAAUCUUAUUAAUUCGAUCAAAUAAUCUGAAAUUUUUUAUUAAUUAUAUUUUAAAUUCAGUUUUUUUUCUUUUUGAUUCUUUGUUAUUUCACAUUUGCUACUUGAUAUUGGAUGUAAAAUUCAUUUCGCAUAUAUAUUAUUAAACUAUAGAUUGAGGGAUAAUAGUAAGAGAAUAAAGAGAUUAUUUGGUCCAAUGUGUUAAAAAUAAAAAAGUUUGAUUGUAAUUAAUUAGUCAAUUCUGUAACAAUCAAACAAUUUUUUUAUUUAAAAUCUUUGAGGGAAAUAAGAAAAAAAUGUGGAAACACACACACACACACACACAUACACACACACACACACAAGACAUUUCAAAGAUGUUACUAUUGUAUUUCAUUGUAUUAUACAUUUUAUUUGCAAUUACUACGGCUUGUUAAAUGAAUUUGUCAUGCGGAUUAUUGUCAUAUCAAAUAUUGGGUUAAUUAUAAAAAAGUUCGAUUCGAUUUUUGUUUUUGUAGUUCCAAUUUGUAGUCCCCUUUGUAUACAGGCAGCAUCACAUCUUCAGAUGAAGAUUUUAGCUUCAUUCGUCGUCAAAAGAUCAUAAUAAUAUAUAGAAAUGGUCAAUAGUUGCCUGUUUUAGAUGCAUAUAAAGUUCUGUAUCAUAAAGAGCCGAACUUUUUAACUGACCUAAUUAAUAGUUAUUAAUGUUAAGUUUCUUGAAUAUACUGAAAGUUGUUAUGAAAGAGUGCGACAAAGCUGUUUGUUGUGUGGUUUUGUUUUAAUACAUUCUAUGCUUAUUUUUAUACUCAGCUAAUUGUAUAAAAGUGAACAUAAACGCGUGGAAUAAAAAUUCGCAUUCUCCUUUUAUGAUCAUUUAGAACAAUAGUAAUGUAUAAGAAGGCAAUAUGCAACAAAAAUUGUUUUUUCAUUUUCCUGCUUCAGUUUUUCACUUUUUUGGAGAAUACGAGUAUGUGCGUUUAUACUUUCUGCGCGCGCGCGUACAUUUAUAUAUAUUAUUUUAGGUAUGCCAAUUUUGCAGUAUUUUCCAGUCAGAGAGCUUUCAGGGGAAAGCUGAAAAUUCGAUUAUUAAAGCUUUUAAAUAUAUUAAUAAAUUCCAUUUAUGUUAUAGACAUUUAAAGAAAUAAAAUAAAAAAAAUAUGUAAAACACUACGUCUUUGUCUCGAAGGUUAGAUGACAAGAGAUGCUGCAAAUUUAAAUCACUCUCAUUUGUAAGGAUAUAAUUCAUAUAUAUUGAGAAAUGAAAUACUGCUAUAAUAAAACGCUAAGAACAUAUCGAUACAUAAAUGAUGUCUCGGUAUUCACGUUAAUUGUAAUAGAUACACGGUGCGUUUCGCGUUGCUACGCGUAACUUGGCGUGAGAUACUACCGUCUCUCUUGAUAUCGUUAUAUUCUUGUAAGUUACAGUUUCUAUUAACAUAUUUAUUUUGCUUGUAUCCGCAUAAUUAGCAUUUAUUAAUUUGUCCGUGAGAAGCGAUUACGACUUUUAUUGCAGUAUUUAUAUGAUAAAGAGAAAGAAUGUUUGAUACUGCAUAAUCUCAACGCUGCAUCCGAAUAGAUAUGUAAAUUCAUUGGUAAAACGUGAUUCGAUAUCAUAAGCAAAAACUGUAUUUUAUUUUUAUUCCGAAAAAAUGCACUUUUUCGAUUAUCUCUAUAUUGUAUAAAUAGUUUAGUAAUUUCAACACUGUAAGUCAUUAGGGAAUCUUUGUAAAGAUAUUUGAAAUUGACGUAACGGCGGGGGUUGAUCUUUUACAUUCAGAAAAAAAAAAUUUGGGGUGUAUUAUAUUAUUUAGAUAAUGUGUUUAAUCCUUCCAAAUACACACAUACACAUAUACAUGGAUCUUUUAUAAUUAAAAGUUCACAUUAAAAGAUGUGCCAAAAAAAUCUGUAAUUAAUGCAACGAUGUUCAAUCAAAUGUAUAUUAAGAAAAUAUCGGAAAACAGCAUGUUUAUAUAUGUGUAUGUAUACACACACACCCCCCAUCUUUAAGUAUUAAGUUUAUUAUAAAUAUUUAUUAAUAUAUAAUAAUCAGUAUAUAGUGAAAAUUACAGAGUAAAGUUGAAAUAGUUAUAUUACAUAACUACAAAGCUAACUAUUAUCGCACAAUUAUUUCGGUAAUAAAUAGUUAUAAAUAGUGACAACUUGUUUUAUAUUAGAAUUUUAGAUUUUUUUCUCUUUUUAUUAUUCUCUUUGAUUAUUUCAGAAUGUAAAGGGUCGACACUUGAACACGUUGCUCAUUAAAAAGAAAUUAUUAUCUUUCAAUUGUAUGUCAUCAACAUUUCGGAUAUAAUUCAAAAUUUAUAUGUGCCAGAUAUAUGUCGCUCUAAUUUCUUCAUUUAAAAAAGACUCACCGAUUAUUAUUCUGUUGUUUUUUCACGCGAAACGUUAUGAAAUUACUUUAUUUAUAUGUCGAUGGCCUAUCGGUAUAAGAAAACCAAACAAAAUAGCCAGUUAAGAAAGCAUAUUCUGUAAGAUUAAUACAAAUAUCGUUGUUGAUGAACUUGAAAUAAAGUACAUGUACACGAGGCAAA